GCGGCCAGCCACGUCCCGCACGUAGCGGUCUGGGCCGGGGACUCCGCUGCUCCGGCCAGGCUCGGCAUGAAGCUUACCCGGCUGCUGCGCGGGGCCGUGUCGGACCGCGGCGUGCCGGGUCAGGUGGACUUCUACGCGCGGUUCUCGCCGUCGCCGCUCUCCGUGAAGCAGUUUCUGGACUUCGGAUCAGUGAAUGCUUGUGAAAAGACCUCAUUUAUGUUUCUUCGACAAGAGUUACCCGUUAGAUUGGCAAAUAUAAUGAAAGAAAUAAGUCUUCUCCCCGAUAAUCUUCUCAGGACGCCAUCCGUUCAGCUGGUACAAAGCUGGUAUAUCCAGAAUCUUCAAGAGCUUCUUGAUUUUAAGGACAAAAGUGCUGAAGAUGCGAAAGCUAUUUAUGAGUUGUUUAGCUUUACAAAUAUUGUAAUACGAAUCCGAAACCGACACAAUGACGUCAUUCCCACAAGGGCCCAAGGUGUGAUUGAAUACAAGGAGAGCUUCCGGGUGGAUCCUGUCACCAGCCAGAACGUUCAGUACUUUUUGGAUCCAUUCUACAUGAGUCGCAUUUCAAUUAGAAUAACGUUACUCAAUCAGCACUCUUUAUUGUUUGGGGGAAAAGGAAGUCCAUCUCAUCGAAAACACAUUGGCAGCAUAAAUCCAAACUGUGAUGUAGUUGAAGUUAUUAAAGAUGGCUAUGAAAAUGCUAGGGGUCUAAGUGAUUUGUAUUAUAUUAACUCUCCUGAACUAGAACUUGAAGAACUCAAUGCAAAAUCACCAGGACAGCCAAUACAAGUGGUUUAUGUACCAUCCCAUCUUUAUCACAUGGUGUUUGAACUUUUCAAGAAUGCAAUGAGAACAACUAUGGAACACCAUGCUGACAAAGGUGUUUACCCCCUUAUUCAAGUUCAUGUCACACUGGGUAGCGAAGAUUUGACUGUGAAGAUGAGUGACCGAGGAGGUGGCGUCCCUUUGAGAAAGACUGACAGACUCUUCAACUACAUGUAUUCGACUGCACCCCGGCCACGAGUGGAGACUUCUUGAGCGGCAUCCCUGGCUGGUUUUGGUUAUGGAUUGCCCAUAUCACGUCUGUAUGCACAGUACUUCCAAGGGGACCUGAAACUGUAUUCCUUGGAGGGCUACGGCACAGAUGCUGUUAUCUACAUUAAGGCUCUGUCAACAGAAUCAAUCGAAAGACUCCCAGUGUAUAACAAAGCUGCCUGGAAGCAUUACAAUACCAACCACGAGGCUGAUGACUGGUGUGUCCCCAGCAGAGAGCCAAAGGACAUGACAACGUUCCUCAGCACCUGA